AUGGCAGCUGUGUCCGCUCAAUCCAACCGCCAAUAUGUCGGCUUGGUCUCCGCCGUGAGUCUCGCCGCUCUCGUCACCAUUCCGCUGCUUACCUCCAACCUCUUGCGCAAUCGCAAGUCCAAGACCGACGAACAAUCCCCUCCACUGACCGCAAUUCCCUCCUCCCUGCCUUUGUUCGCCGAGGCCCGCCGCAUCGCCCAGAAUAAUCCCGAGAAAAUUGCCAUCGUCGAUGCCACCAAGGGUCAGAGCUUCACCUUCGGCCAGCUGCUGGCCGACGCCGCCGCCCUGAAGAAACACAUCCUCGAGGAAUUGAAGCUCACGGAGACCGGAGAUCUGGAGGAGCGACGUGUCGCCUUCCUGGCACCCAAUGGUUAUGACUACGUGGUUACACAGUGGGCCGUGUGGGCGGCCGGUGGUGUGUGUGUGCCGCUGUGCACCUCUCACCCGGUCCCGGAGCUAUUGUAUACUAUCGGUGACUCCGAUCCGUCCAUCAUUGUUUUGCACCCGUCGUUCGAACACUUUGCCCAGCCUCUCCGCGACGGAAUCACCAAAGACAUCCCGUUCAUGGCAUUGACACCCUUCACGCAAGCCGAAUCCGCCAAGUCAAUCGUCUUGCCUGCAUUCAGCCCUGUUAACUUCCUGGACCGCCGCGCCCUGAUGAUCUAUACCUCCGGCACGACCUCCAACCCCAAGGGCUGCGUCACCACCCACAAGAACAUCACUUUCCAGGCCAAAUGCCUCGUCAAGGCCUGGGAGUACAACCCCUCAGACCACCUCAUCCACGUUCUGCCCCUACACCACGUGCAUGGCAUCAUCAAUGGUUUAGCUGCCAGCUUGAUCAGCGGCGUGACGGUGGAAAUGCACCCGAAGUUCGACCCCAAGACUAUCUGGACGCGCUGGCAGGAACGCGGCUCGUCUACUAUGUUCAUGGCCGUGCCGACCAUCUACGCGCGCUUGGUCGACUAUUUCGAGACGCACAUCCGCGGUACGGAGCACGAGGAGGCUGCCCGCAGCGGCGCCAAAGCAUUGCGUCUUAUCGUCAGCGGCUCCGCGGCUCUGCCCACUCCCAUCAAGGCCAAGUUCGCCGCCAUCACCGGCCAGACGUUGCUGGAGCGCUACGGCAUGACCGAGAUUGGCAUGGGGAUCAGCUGCGGGCUGGAAGUCGAGAAGCGCAUCGACGGCAGCGUCGGCUGGCCACUGCCGGGUGUGCAGGUGCGCUUGACGGAUAAGGAGACUGGGCGCGUGAUUGACGCCGUUGACGAGGAUGGCAUGAUUGAGGUCAAGGGCAACAACGUCUUCCGCGAAUACUGGCGCCGACCCGAGGCCACGGCCAAGGAGUUCACGUCAGACGGCUGGUUUAAGACGGGUGAUGUGGCCCGGAGGGACGAGUCCGGUGCCUAUUUCAUCCAGGGUCGCGCGUCCGUGGACCUGAUCAAGUCCGGUGGGUAUAAGAUCUCGGCCCUAGAGGUAGAGCGCAAGAUGCUGGGGUUGGACGCCAUCCAGGAGGUGGCUGUCGUGGGCCUCGCGGACGAGGAAUGGGGCCAGCGUGUGGGUGCGGUGGUGAAGCAACGUGAGGGUACCGACCCUCUUGACCUGCAGACUCUCCGAGCCCAGCUGAAGCAGGAGAUGGCGCCGUACAAGAUCCCCACGGUAUUGAAGCUCGUGGACGGCAUCGAACGCAACGCUAUGGGCAAGGUGAACAAGAAGACGAUCAUCCAGAAGUACUGGCCUGAGUUAUAG